UCCCCUCUGUCAUCCAGUUUAUCUCAGGUGUAUCCGGAGCAGAAGUGGGAGGAGCUCUGGCUUCAGUGAGCAGGUAGACUUCGGUGUCUGUUCAUUAGAAAAAGUCUGUCACUGCAGCGAGCUGCUUCAAAUCCUGCGAGCCGAUAAAAACGCCUUAAUUCUUUACGGAUAUAUAUUAAAAACAAACUCUAUCGGAUCAAGAGUCCACCAUGGAAACGGAGACAGAAAAACACAGCCAGAUAAUCUCUGUGCCCCAUAAUGACACAAUCCGUCUCCUGGAGGUUUAUGUUAAACGGAGCCUCAGCCUGAACGAUGGCAGUCUGAGGGCAAAGCAUUCAGGGAAGAAAGAAAAGUGGGUAACCAUGUCCAAAAGGCACAGGCGAUCCUCCAGUGACCCUUUGCUCCACUUGUCUGAGGUAUUAAAUCCCAGAGAAUCUGGUAUCUCUGUGGUUGAAUCCCAGACGAAUGAGCCAGAGAGGGCUCCGGAAGAACCUCAGAAACCAGCGAUCAAACCAAAGAAGAGCAAAAAGAGCAAGAAACCCUCAUUUUGGAAAAAUUUGGUCAGCUUUUUCACACCGAAGAACAACGAGGACAAAGAUGAAGCUCAAGGCAGCUCAUCAGAGGUGUUUGAAGCUUCUGAUCACUCAACUACCUGUCUACCCACAACCCAGAUCUCUUCCCCAAAGAAAUCACUGAGGAAAAAAUCCUUAAGGAGGAAACUCUCUAAAAGGCUUUCCCUAAGAUCAAGUAGAACCAUCAAAGAUCUCAACACUGCUGGUAUUUCAAGAGUAGAAGGUGUCGUCAGCGUGGAACCAACAUACUCCUACUAUGAGAAAAUGUCGGAGGAACUUGAAAAAAUCGUACACGAGGUUAAAGAAAAUGAGGAAACUGAAACUCUCUCCAAUGAGGAAGUUAUCAGACGGAUUAUUGCAAUGACAAAACAAGAGGGUGAUGCCAUUGAUGACAAGCUUAAAGGGAACCCAACUCUGAGCAACUUUUUCCUGCGGAUGUCUUACUCCUCCUUCCAGAGGCUGGCUGAUGCUUAUCUGGAGAACGAGGCAACGCCGACCCACACAGCUCCCACCGUGCCACCAACAGCACCCGAGCUGGUCAAGCUGGCCUUCACUCUCGACUUCACAGCCAGAAUAGCUGGCCUCUCCAAGCAAAAUACAGGCUACAUCACUUGUCUUGGUAAUCGCUAUCUGCAGGAUCGAUUUGAAUACACGCAGGCAUGCACAGACCAUCCAUGGUCCGACAACGUUGAUGGAUAGACAGUGUUGUUCAGAUAAAUGAAGGUUUUUGCACAACGUUCCACAGAUGUGACUCAAGAUCUGCACAAGCUCCACUUUAUGUACAAAGUCUAACAAGUAAAGCUAUUUAAAACAUGCUUGAAGUUUCACUAAGCUGUGACUGAAAACCUAUAACUGUGACACAACAGGAUGUUUUUUUUUUUUUUAAAGUCACUAAUAGGACUGAUGUCUUGAAGAAAAUCUAAGUGAGCCCUCUCACUGAAAUAUAUUGAACUAAACUGUGAUAUCACUUUGUUCGAUUCAAAAUUAGGUGCUUACAGAAACCCCAAGAAUAAAGGUUUUGUAUUUUUUGCAACUGUAAAAAAAAAAUACAGUGUAAUAAUAAUUCUGUAAAUAAGGUGGUUGCCUGAGCACUUUAACUGUGACUUUUUGAUAUGAAUGCUGGCAUUCAUU